AGUUUUGCUUGGAACACGUGGGCUACCAACCUUUUCAUUUCCUUCCAGAAUGUGACUUGUCUUCUGUCUUCUCCUUUUCUUUCUCCAAUCGCUUCAAACGACUUUCCUACUCCUCUCUCUCCUCUCCUAAUGCCUUGUUAAACGCCAUUGUUUCCUUCCUUUCUGCUCUCUUUCUCUCCUUUUUUUCUUCAUUUUUGUUGGGCUUUAAUUAAAAUUUUAAAAGGUUUUGUUGUUGUUGCAGUGUUAGUUACUUCGGAUCUGAUUAAAAAUGGAAUAUGAAGAUCAGAUCAAUCAGACCAUAGGUCCAAAAUACCAAUGUCUCUUAUUUGAUUUAGAUGACACUCUUUAUCCUCUGAGUUCUGGUUUGUCAAGGGAAGUUACCAAGAACAUUCAAGAAUAUAUGAUUAAGAAGCUUGGAUUAGAGGAGGAAAAUGUUCCUGAGUUAUGUGCUUCAUUGUACAAGUAUUAUGGAACGACAAUGGCUGGUCUAAAGGCUAUUGGCUAUGACUUUGAUUAUGAUGAUUUUCAUGGUUUUGUUCAUGGGAGAUUGCCCUAUAAAAUGCUAAAACCUGACCCUGUUUUGAGGAAUCUCUUGCUUAGCCUGCCCGUUCGAAAAGUUAUUUUCACGAACGCAGAUAAGAAUCAUGCUGCCAGGGUGCUUAACAGGUUGGGAUUGGAGGACUGCUUUGAAGGGAUUAUAUGCUUUGAGACUCUGAAUCCCAAAAACAAUGGCAACUCUUCCGCUGAUGGUGCAAAAUUCAUUUCAAACACCGUAAUUUUUGACAUGAGUAACUACAGUGCUUGCCCUGAUUCUGAGCUUGAACUUCCUAGUACUCCAGUUGUCUGCAAACCAUUUGAAAAAGCAUUUGAACAAGUUUUUGAGAUUGCCAACAUCAACCCCCAGAAAACGUUGUUCUUUGAUGACAGCAUCCGCAAUCUACAGACUGGUAAAAAUAUGGGCCUUCACACCGUGUGGGUCGGAACUUCUCAUGGAACCGACAGUGUGGAUCAUGCAUUGGAGAGCAUUCACAACAUCAGGGAAGCAUUGCCAGAGCUCUGGGAAGCAGAUGAGAAGGCUGAGAACAUCCGGUAUUCUGGGAAGGUUUCUGUCGAGACAACAGUUAGAGCUUAGCUCUUGGACCAUAUAAGUUUGAUAGGUGUUACUACUCUAUUUGUAACAUGUAACAGAGUGGAUCCUAGACAUAAGAUCUUACUGUUGUAUUUAAUAAAAUUGGUCUCUUUCCCAACCUUGAUCGGA